UUUGUUGUUUGGGGGGGGGGGGGGGGGGGGAGCAAUGCUGCUGUACCAGAAAAGAAAAUAAAAGGUGUAGUCUAUAUGUCUGCUGCUCUAACAAACUUCAUUCGUUUCUACUUUUUCCAGUCAACAAGGACCAACAGGCAUGACAUGAACAUUCAACAGAAAACACAAAAACCAGAUUUUUUUUUGUUCCUCAUUCAACAUGUGAAUGAAUGCUACUAGCUGUUGUUGAGGCUUCUACUUCACUUCUUAGCUCAAAUCCGCUAUGAAAAAUGAACCCUCUUAUCAUUCAAAUCUUUAAUCCCAUCCAUUGAUUGAUUUAACGCUCCAGAUUAUUGCAGUAAACAUACAACUGUAGAAACUACUUAUGUACAUGAUUAAACCAAAGCCUACCCAACCCAAUUGCAAUAACACCACUGAAUGGUCUAUAAGACUAUAACUCUCUCUCUCUCUCUCUCUCUCUCUCUCUCUCUCAUAACUGAAGCAUCUUGGUUGCUCCUCUCUCACACACAAUGAAAUGAUUCCCUUGUGAGGAACAGUUAUAUAAUUCAUAGCCAACAUUAGUCUCUCUCUCUCUCGCUCCCCCACUUAUCAAACUUAAGUUUCAUCAAUAUCUCCAGAACAUGGAGUUUGUAGCCUCUGCCUUGGAUGAAUUAUGCAUAACUGAACAAGGUAAAAUAGGGGGUAGGAUGGGUCAUCGGAGUCACAACAAUGACGACGAAUACAAGUCCAAGAACCUCCACGCCGAGAGGAGGAGACGGCAGAAACUCAGUGAACGCCUCCUCACCCUACGUGCAUUGGUCCCAAACAUUACAAAUAUGAACAAAGCAACUAUUGUUGAAGAUGCCAUCACUUAUAUCCACGAGCUGCAGAAGACUGUGAACAUACUCAAAGACCAGCUUUUCGAUAUGGAAGCAUCAGAAGAAGAGGCACCAGAGCCGAAGAAAGAAGAAAUUCAUUCUGCAGAAGAGAUGAAGAAAUUUGGGAUUCAGGCAGGGGUCAAUGUGACUCAGAUAGAUGGGAACAAACUUUGGGUAAAGGCAAUCCUUGAGAAGAAAAGAGGUGGGUUCACUAAACUGAUGGAGGCCAUGACUGCCUUUGGCUUUGAACUCACUGAUACCAGUGUCACUACCUCCAAUGGAGCAAUGCUUGUUUCAUCUUGUGUCAUGGGAUUCUACUGCGAAACGCUUGAAGUUGAGCAAACCAAGGAAUUGAUGCUAGAGAUCAUCAGUAGCAUAUAGAGCAAAUGGAAGCAUCAGAUAUUCUAUUCUAUUUACCCUUGAAACUAACAGAGUUUUCUGUUUUCAUGACUUGUUGAUUUCAAGUCAGAGGUCAGAUUGGAAUUAUUCACUAUUUAGUCAUUGUGUUUGGUAGCAAAUGGUAAUCCAGGACAUCAUUUAUGCUUCAUCUUCAUAUAUAUUGUACUGAUUAAA